AUUCUCUCUCUGGAACGCCUCUCUACCACAAAAAAAUACAACCGAGGUGUUUCAAAUAUUAUUUGACAAAAGGAUAAGAUGGGGUUCAGGAAGUGUCUACAUCUUUCUGAAAUCCUUGAGGCCUCUCCUCCCUUCUAAUACCAACAAAACAAACCCAACAUCAUUUCUGUUGUUCUUCGUAGGUUCACCUGUUGAAGUUCUGGACAGACCCCGACCCCGACCACGACCCCGACCACGACCCCUCAUCCUUCGUCUUGAAUCCAAUCGAAUUCUAACAGAUAGUAUAGCAGAAAUCACACAAGAGAAAAUCAUGCUAAAAGCAGUAUUAGACGCAGAAGAAGAAUAUCCUGUCCGAGUCUCACCUCCACAAUUCUCGACACCUGCAAGAUGUGAAAGUAGUUCCCAUGACUGCAGGUGGCAACCCUAUGCCAACGCAAAAGAUUUUGAAGCUAAUGCUGCUAUGAUCCUCAUUAUCCUCUUCUGCGCACUCAUCUCUGCUCUUAUUCUCAAUGCUGUCAUCCGCUGCUUCCUAAGUAGCCGCCGCUCAUCUCGCCCGCCCCCCAGCCUUCCUGAGGUCCAACUGGACUCCAGCUCCAUGGCAGCUGCAGACAAACAAGUGGCCCCUCCCACUCUGGUGUUUUCAUCAGGGAUGAAGCUGGCAGGAGCAGAGGCUGAGUGUGCUAUUUGCUUGUCCGAGUUCGUGGAGGGAGAGGGAAUCCGGGUGAUGGGGCAGUGCAAGCAUGGUUUCCACGUCCAGUGCAUCCAAGAGUGGUUAUCUUCCCACUCCUCAUGUCCCACUUGCAGAGGUAGUUGUCUUCCCACUUCAGCCCAUCUUCCAACCAAAGCCACCGGAAACGAACCCUUGGAAGUGUGAACAUUUUACAAGCAAUUUUCUUCUGUUUCUUACUGUAAUUGAUCUAUUUUAUGCAUCAUUACUAGGAUUGCCAUUACCGAUUAUGUCCAUUAAUAGGGUAUUCUAGGAUUGGAACUCUUCUCUCUGUAAAAUAGUGGACCACUGCAGUCGCAGAUUCCAGAGCAGUCUACCUGACGCAUCAGAAAGCGGAGUUGAAAUUUACAAA